CGCGUGCGCAGGACGGGAGCCGCGGUCACCCGCGGGUGGAGAUGGCGUCUGCCGAGGAGUCCUCUCCGGAACCGGCGGCUUCAGACCAGCCGGCAGAGCUGCCUGCCUCGGUGCGGGCGAGCAUCGAGCGGAAGCGGCAGCGGGCGCUGAUGUUGCGCCAGGCCCGACUGGCCGCUCGGCCUUACCCGGCGGCGGCGGCUGCGGCUACCGGAGGUGUGACUAAUGUAAAAGCAGCUCCAAAGAUAAUUGACACAAGAGGAGGCUUCAUCCUAGAAGAGGAAGAAGAAGAACAUAAAAUUAAAGAAGUUGUUCAUGAACCAGGACCUGUUAUGGAAUUUGAUUAUACAAUAUGUGAAGAAUGUGGUAAAGAAUUUAUGGAUUCUUACCUUAUGAACCACUUUGAUUGGCCGACUUGUGAUAACUGCAGAGAUGCUGAUGAUAAACACAAGCUUAUAACCAAAACAGAAGCAAAACAAGAGUACCUUCUGAAAGACUGUGACUUAGAAAAAAGAGAACCAGCUCUGAGAUUUAUUGUGAAGAAGAAUCCUCGUCACUCACAGUGGGGCGAUAUGAAACUCUACCUAAAAUUACAGAUUGUGAAGCGGUCUCUUGAAGUUUGGGGUAGUCAAGAAGCAUUAGAAGAAGCGAAGGAAGUUCGACAGGAAAACCGAGAAAAAAUGAAACAGAAGAAAUUUGAUAAAAAAGUUAAAGAGUUACGGCGAGCAGUAAGAAGCAGUGUGUGGAAAAAGGAAACAGUUGCUCACGAGCACAAGUAUGGGCCAGAAGAAAAUAUAGAUGACGACAUGUACCGGAAGAUUUGCACUGUAUGUGGCCAUGAAUUGACAUAUGAGAAAAUGUGAUCAUAGUUAAGUGAUCUAUUUUAUAGUUUUUUAUACUUAAAUAAAGAAAAUUUAGAUUGGUCAUGUUCAAAAUUCUCCAGAUGUAAAUUCUUUGUAGAUGGAUGGAAACAAGUAAAUGCUCCUCCAACAAGUAUGUUAUGGUUUAAGAGCAAGUUUCAGUUAAGGUCCACAGUUUAGGGUGUUUCCAAAAUGCUGGACUUUAUUGUUUUUAUUAUUUUUAAUGACAGAAAUGAAGCAGAGUGGUAGAAAUGGUUACAAAAGUGGUAGGUUAGAGUGAAAACUGAGAAACAAGAUCAAGGCAAACCUCAUACCUCUGUGGGAGCGCUUGUAGUAAAUGCUCAACGGGGUUCUUACCCCCAGACAGGGGUACCUGAUGUCCCUGCACUCCAGGAGCAGGCUGAGAUCUUAGAUACUCGUCUCCCAAGUCAGGAGGGAACAGGGGGCGCUACACUAGGAGAAGUCUGGGCUAACAGUGACAAUAUGGGAGUCUGAGCCUGUUUCUGGUGUCCUUGACUACUAGAGGCCCCACGUCAGGCAACACUUGGCUCAUGUUGGACUAAAGUAGAAAGCAGCUGUGCUGUGAUGAAAGAAGGGACUGGUGCUACGUUAUGCAGAUGACUGCUGUCACUCACUGAGCACCUGCCAUGAAUAGAAGUCCCUUAGCGGUGUUCUUGUUUAGUCCUGGGAGGCAAGACAAACUGCUGUGUGCUCACAUAGUAGCACUUCUUAAAGGAAGUGACAAAUGACAGCGUCACAUCUCCCAGACAGAAGGAUUUUAAGGUAGCUGCUGUUAGCAGGAAAAUUUGGCAAAGGAUGUCUGGGGCGCUUUUGCUGAAACAAAUUCAAGUUGUUCUCAGGCAUGACACACAGGAGAAACAGGUAGUUCAUACAUUUUCACUUUUCUCAACCAGCUGUUGGCUAUGCUUGAAGGCAAAAAAAAUCAAAACAUAAAUCAAACCCAAAUAUGUUCAAAGUUGUUAGGUAUUUAGUGUAGAAAUGUUUAAUGUAUUUAUCAAGUGUUGAUGUAUUUAUGUGCUAAAUGUUACAGACCAGUAAAAACUGAUUCUUUGUGGGCAGCAAGACCUUCCUGGGACCAAAAAAGCUUCUGUCUUGAUGACAACAGAAUAAUUAGGGGUUCAUGCUACUGAAACAGCAUUACUACUAAUUCCACUUACUGUGGACCUUGGGUAAGUCACUUCCCAGGCUUGUUUUUAUCUUGUCUGUUGGGCAUAAUCAUUUCAUAAGACUAUUGUGAGGAUUAAAUAUGACAAAUCUGUAUCACCUGGUACAUAACAACCACUUGUUCAUGAGACACAUUUAUCAUGAAUAUCAAUUAGAUCUGUCUAGUUGAAGUUUGUGUCUAUUCACUCUUUACCUUCUGGUGUCCAGAUAACCACUGACAGCCAAAUCUACUUAGGUUAGCAAGUUCUUUGCUCAUCUUUUAGUGAGAUUAGUAGUGACUUGUAUAAUCUACUAAUUUAUAAUACUUCCUGUGAACUGCUUCCUUAGUAAUUUCUA